GGGGAAACACGUUUCUAAUCAACCAACCACUACAGAACAAGAGGAAAAAAAACAACACAGAAAUCUCUCUGUUUGUUUGUGCAAAGACUUAUGGGAUUUCAAAGACACUUAGAACUAGAGUGUUCCUUAAUAGAACUAUAAGAACAGUGUACUUUCAGUGUAGAUCUACGCCGUGUGUGUAGUGAACAGAAGGGACUACACAACUAUUAGCGAACAUCGUACAUAGCUGUGUACAUCAGAGCAAUGCAUGAAUAUCGUAAAGAUUCUUGUACAUUAUGUGUAAUUGUCAAUACUUUUCAACGCGUGACAGUUUGAAAUCAUAGUUAGUAUUACUAUCUCAUGUUUACAGGUACACGCGUUAACAUUUUUAGUGUUUUGAACUGAGACUUCUAGCAUCGACUUUCAGUGUUUUCUCUCUCGAGUUGUGGUUGAGGGCCACACUAUAUAAAGCCAGAGAAGUGAAAGUCAUUUGAUAUUAUCGUAAAUAAACUAUUAUCUUCUGGAUAUGUCAAAGAAGUUAUAGUUGUUUUUUGUUUAGAGGAAGGUCUGUGUCUACAAUAAGAAGAUAAAGUAAGAUAGAGAAAUAAGAUAUAAAAAGAAGAAGAAAGAUACGAUUAAACAAAGAACACGACCAUGUCCUCACAGAAGGCCCCCAUCAACAAAUCCACCAUUUACGACACGUUUUUGUCCAAAAAGAAAUACGAAGACCCCCUGAAGAAACAGCCAGUAAGUUUUAAAGGCAACAUUGUCGAGGGCAUGAAGAAAAACCCGGUAGCCGAAGAGAACAAUGACAUGAAAUACAAGGAGCCAUAUAAAGGUUCCAUAUACGGCAUGAUGAAGGUGUACCCAACAAUCAAAAGAAACCUACAGGAGAAAGAAGAAAAAAAGCCGAAACAGCCAGUAUUCAGGCAGGACUCUACGAUGAUAACUGGACCAGUAGUCACCUCCAGGACGACAGCCCCCACAGCACAGGUCCAGAACUCACAGUGGACAGGGUUAGCGCCAGGUUCAAGUGUUGGUUCGGUGUCAAGGACGCUGGCCUUGUUUGGCUAACCACGGAUUCAGAAUAAACAGAUGUAGCUUUAGUCCAAAGAUUUUAGCAGUCAACAUGCUGGAAGAAUUCAAUUUGUUACUAGAUGUAGACAAACAUGGCGUUAUAGGCCUAAUUCUAUUACCUCUGAGAUCGUGUGAAACUUGCCUAUUAGUACUUCUGUGACAACGGUGCUUCCAAAUAAGGUUGUGAAUAAUGCCCAUUCUCUAGAUCUAGUUGUUGUUUUUUUAUAUUAAAAAUAAAUCAAAAUACUUCCGAAUAUUACUGCAUUUUUAAUAAAAAAAAAAAAAAGAAUCAUUGAGAUAUCUCGAGUAGACCAAAUUAAAAAAAAAAAAAGAAUCAUUGAGAUAUCUCGAGUAGACCAAAUUAAAAAAAAAAAAAGAAUCAUUGAGAUAUCUCGAGUAGACCAAAUUAAAAAAAAAAAAAAAAAAAAAAAAAGAAUCAUUGAGAUAUCUCGAGUAGACCAAAUUAAAAAAAAAAAAAGAAUCAUUGAGAUAUCUCGAGUAGACCAAAUUAAAAAAAAAAAAAGAAUCAUUGAGAUAUCUCGAGUAGACCAAAUUAAAAAAAAAAAGAAUCAUUGAGAUAUCUCGAGUAGACCAAUUUAAAAAAAAAAAAACACUAAAAUGUAGGGUAUAUUACUCAGCUUUGGUACCCACCCACAGAGUACAGACUUCAAUACAAGUAUCAAUAACUGCCUUUGUGGGAAGCGUGGUCGAGAGGCUAAGUGCGUCUGAUGGGGGCUCGAGGUUCAACACCCGACUCGGGCAGAGUUGUGUUUACGGAAAAACCUUCUCCUAGAUACCCCCCCCCCCCAACUGGUCCACAACUGAGAUUGGACUAAAGCGCUCUGAGCAUGCUAUAAGCAUGAAAGUAUCGCUAUAUUAUAAUUUAAUAAGUGAUGAUGAAUAGCCAUAAUUUAUUUUUUUUUUUUUAACCAGCGAUGUAUAUAUCUUUGUCUGCCUGUUUGCGUAUUUGCGUGUUGGUACAUGUGUGUGUAAAAACAGGUGAACUCCACGUUCACACUUAACAAUAAAUGUUUUAAUUAGUGCAAUGUUUACGUUGUCAUCAACAUGUUAUAUCACAUAAACAUAACAAACUAAU